AUGGCUGUCUGGCUGGAGACUGAAAAACAGAAUAGUUUUCAGAUGCCUUCUAGCAUGUCUGUGGCUGUAGAGUCAGGUGCUGUUUUCACAUUUGGAAAAAGCAAAUUUGCAGAAGAUGUUCCUAGCAAGUUCUGGUUCAAAAAUGACAAGCCUGUACUUAUAUCAUGUGGAGAUGAACACACUGCUAUUGUUACAGGGAAAGGUAAACUAUACAUGUUCGGCAGUAACAACUGGGGCCAAUUAGGACUAGGAUCAAAGAACACUGUCAGCAAACCAACAUGUGUUAAAGCUUUAAAACCAGAAAAAACAAAACUUGCUGUUUGUGGAAGAAACCACACUUUAGUUUACACAGAAAAAGGAAAUGUGUAUGCUGCUGGAGGUAACAGUGAAGGUCAGUUGGGAUUAGGUGACACAGAGGAAAGGACCACAUUUCAUUUAAUUAGUUUUUUUACCAACCAGCACAAGAUCAAACAGCUAGCAGCUGGAUCAUACACCUCAGCAGCAGUAACUGAGGAUGGGCAGCUUUUUGUGUGGGGUGACAACUCGGAAGGUCAGAUUGGCUUGGCCGAUGAAGACUGUGUCAGUGUCCCUUGUCAAGUGGAUGUUGGAAAACCUGUUUCCUCUGUAUCCUGUGGAUAUUACCACUCUGCCUUGAUAACAGGAGAUGGUGAGCUCUAUACUUUUGGAGAACCUGAGAAUGGGAAACUUGGAUUAUUGCCUGAACAGCUGAAGAACAAUAGAGUCCCACAGCCUGUACUGGGAAUUACGGAAAAGGUUAAUAAGGUUGCUUGUGGUGGAGAACACACAGUGGUGCUGACAGAGACAGAUGUAUAUACUUUUGGACUUGGACAAUAUGGGCAGCUGGGACAUGGUACUUUUAUUUUUGAAACUUCAGUACCAAAGUCUGUGAAACACUUGAGGAGGCAUAAAAUAUGUAACAUUACAUGUGGGGAAAAUCAUACUGCUGUAAUUGCAGAGAAUGGCCUCAUGUUUACUUUUGGAGAUGGGCGACACGGCAAGUUAGGACUUGGAGAAGAGAGUUUUACAAAUCAGUUUGAUCCCACUCUGUGUUAUAAUUUCUUGAGUUUCACAGUCCUUUUGGUUGCUUGUGGUGGUUGUCACAUGCUAGUUUUUGCUGCUCCAAGACCUAAAGGAUCUGAAGAAAUACUCUUAGACGAUUUAUAUGAGAGCUGUUUGACUGCUACUGUCUCUAAAACGAGUGGAAACACACUACUGACAAACACCUUACAACUAACAUCGGCACGAAUGCGUCGUCGAGAAAGGGAAAAGUCACCAAAAUACAUUGGUCGACUGGCACAAACUCUGCCUCCACUGGGAGAAAGCUUCUUAAAAUCUUCGUUGCCUGUGACUAGCAACACUAGCCCACUCUGCUUUUCUGCAACAAGUCUUCCUAAAGGUGAACCUUCGAAGGAUACAGACCUUGAAAAAGAAAAGAAUCAUCAAAAAGAUAAACCUGGUGAAGACUCUUCAGAAGAAGAUUCAGAUGAUGAAAAUAAUGACAGAAACCUCGGAGAUACAACUGACAUCCUAAAUAUGACACAUGCGAUGAAAUUGAAUCCCAGUGACAAGUCUUUAAAAUUAUCACCAGUCCAAAAACAAAAGAAGAACAAUAAAAAUGUGAAACUGAAAAGAGAUGGUAAGGGUGGGCUGAAAACAAAGGAUUCUGAUUUCAUGAAGGAGGGGUCAAAAUUAGACUCUGGCUCUUUACAAAAGCAGACUUCGCUUUCAGAGUCACUGGGACAAGAUUUAGAAAAAAGUAGUGCCUUCGUAGGGAAGCCUGUGGCCAAAAAAACCCCAAUGAAAGGUCAAUCUGAGCAUGCACAAAGUGUUAGUACUGUGAAAAGGGGUGUUCAACAAAUUACUAGGGACAAAUGCAGAUUAGGGAAGAAGAAAAGGGAAGAAGAAUAUGUGGAAAAUCCUGAAUUUGUCCGAGAGGAUGUAACUUAUCAUCUUCCCACUGAAAAACAAAUUCUGACUGAAAAACCAAAUUCUUCCAAUAAAAAGUCAAAAGCUGUUAAAUCUAAGCAGUCCCUUAAAAUAAAUGUACUUCCUUCUGCAUCCAGGGAUCUGCCCCAGACUGAUUCAUUAAUUGUACAAAAAUACAAUCCUGUUAAAAAGCAAAGAAGUCCAGAAGCAAUAGAAAGUCGUAACAAAAUAAAGGAUGUUAAUGAAAAAUCUGAUAAAUGUGAAAGAAUAUGCAUCCGAGGAGAAGAAGGUAGAGAAGAGCAGGGAGGGUUUAAAAAAAAGGAUCAAUUUUUGAAACAAAUAGCUGUAACUAUGUCGUCAUCUUCAACUGAGGAAAGUAGUAAUGAUCUUGCGAAAUACGUACUUAAGAGCAGGGAAAAAGAAGAGGACUACUAUGAAGGUACAAAGUUCCAGAAGGCAAUGAAAACGGUAGAAAAAGUGAAAAAUUUAGACUUAAAAAAAGAAGACAGUGAGAUUGAGGAGAUGCAAUCUAUAAACAAUGAGAAAGAACGUGUAAAUUCUGAUAUAAAAAGCCUGAAUGAGGAAGAAACAAACUCUGAAGCUAAAUCUGAUGAAGACAGGCAGUUAGAAAUUAGGAAUGAGGAGGAAUCUAGUCAAGAGCAGGAGAGUGAAAGCAGUGAAAAUGGUGAAAGUAAAAAAAACCAACUAGAUGAAACAGUUGACAGCGAAGGGGAACUAGGGGAGAAAGAAGAAGAGAGUGAGGUUGAAAAAGAUAGAGAUGAAGUUUCAGUAGAAAGAGAUGAAGAUGAAGAGGAAAAAGAUAACGAGCAAGAAAGUGAAAGAGACAGUGAGAAUGAAGGUGAAGAAGAGACUGAAGAGAAUCAGGAAGAUGACAAAGAGCAAGGAGAUGAGGAAGGCAGGCUGAUGGAGGAAUAUAUGGAGGAGGAGAAGUAUGCAAAAGAGGAAGACACUGAAAAAGAAAAGGAGGAGCAGGUUGAAAGUGAGGGAAGAGAUGAGAGUGAGGAAGGACAAGAAGAUAGAGAGGAGGAGAAAGAAAAAGAGGUAGAGGCAGAAGAGGAAGGAGAAGAUGAAAAGGAAAAUGAGAAAGAAAACAAUGAAAGGGAGAAUGAAAAAGAUAAAGAGGGUGAAGAGGAGGAGUUAGAAGAAUCAUUGUCAGGGAGGGAGGAAGAGGAGGUAUCCGAAGAAGAACAGGAGGAGGAAGAUGCAAAUAGGAGGACUAAGGAGAUGGGGGAGGAUGGAGUGGAAGGAGAAGGAGAAGAGGGGGAGGAUGAAGUGGGAGAGGAAAGAGAAGAGGAAGAGGAGGAGGAGGAAGAGGAAGGAGCAGAGGCAGAAGGGGAGGAGGGGGAAGAAGAUGAAAACAAGGAAGAAGAGGAGUGGGAAAAUGAAGAAGAGGAAGGGGAAGAAGAAGAAGAUCAAGAAGAGGGAGAAGGGGUGGAAGAAGAUGAAGGAGUAGGGGAGGAAGAAGAAGAGGAAGAAGAGGGAGUUGACCAUGAGGGAGAAGAGGGAGUGGAAGAAGAGGAGGGAGAGGAGGAAAAAGAGGAAGAGGAGGAAGAGGGAGAAGAGGAAGAGGGAGUGGAAGAGGAGGAGGGAGAGGAUGAGAAAGAGGAAGAGGAGGAAGAGGGAGAGGGAGGGGAAGAAGAAGAAGGGGAAGAGAAAGAAGAGGAAAAAGAGGAAGAGGGAGAGGAGGAACAAGAAGGGGAAGAGGGAGAGGAGGAACAAGAAGGAGAAGAGGGGGAGGGGGAAGAAGGAGAAGAGGAAGAGGAUGUGGGAGAGGAGGAAGAAGAGGAAACCCAUGCAGUCAGCAGCGAAGACGUAGUGAAAACCAGCCUGAAAACACCCGUGGUUAAGCUGUUUGAACAGAUGGAAUUGCGCAAACACAAUCAGGAGCAACACAGAAGCAGUUUAAAAACUCGUCGAUUCCAGUGGAUCAACUGGGCUGCAUGGCCGUACCAAUCUGGUCGCCACAGCAGCCGGCAGCUGAUUGCACCUACCACUGACGACUUAGCUGCUCACCAGGGCAGGCCAGCCAGAUAUGGAGGAUUUGUCACCGCCACCAAGUUUCUGUACGGUGACAAGGCAGUUUUAGAUUACUGGAAAAGGCUACCCAAGAGAGGGGCUGUGAGCCCUGAGCUUUCGACGGCAUUGGGACAGCUGGUGGAGGGGCUGCAGCUGCAUUAA